AUGAGCAACCAGCCUAAACACACUUUGACUUUGAUCCCCGGUCCGAUUGAGUUCGACGAUGCCGUUCUCGAGUCAAUGGGCCACCCGUCUAUCUCCCACACCACCACGGGCUUUGCUGAGGUCUUUGGCGAGACACUCAAGCUGCUGCGCACCUUGUUUUUUGCUACCGACAAGAAGUCUCAGCCUUUCCUGCUUGCUGGAUCCGGCACCGUGGGCUGGGAUUUGGCCGGCACCAAUUUGGUUGAGAACGGCGAGAAGGUUCUGGUCCUGAACACCGGUUUCUUUGCCGAGGCGUGGGGUAACUCCCUGCGGGCCCUUGGCGCGGAAGUCACUGAGAUCAAGCCCGAAAUUGGCGAUGUUCCUGACAUGGCAGAGAUCGAGGCCGCUCUCAAGGCCAACAAGUACCGUGCCAUCACCAUUACCCAGGUCGACACCUCCACUGGUGUUCUUACUGAUGUCAAGAAGAUCGCCGAGCUUGUCCAGCGUGUCAGCCCCGAGACGUUCACUUUUGUCGACGGUGUCUGCUCCAUUGCUGUUGAGGAGCUGCGCUUCGACGACUGGAAGCUUGACUUUGUGCUCACCGGCCCCCAGAAGGGUAUCGGUGCUCCCGCUGGUCUGUCGAUUUCCUUCGCCAGUGCCCGCGCCAUCGAAUUCCUCAACACCCGCAAGACUCCCACGGGCGCCUACUUCUUGGACAUGAAGCGCUGGAUCCCCAUCAUGCAGGCCUACGAGGGCGGCAAGCCCGCCUACUUCUCCACCCCUGCCAUCCAGAACGUCUACGCCCUGCGCACCAGCUUGCAGCAGUAUGCCACCUCUGCAUCGUCUGUCGAGCAGCGCUGGAAGGAGAAUGCCAAGGUCAGCGACCGCGUCAAGAACGAGAUCGAGGGCCUGGGUCUCAAGCUGGUUGCGACUAGCCGCUCGCAUGGCGCCCAUGGUCUGUCCUGCGUCUACUUGCCCGAGAAGGUGCAAUUGGGUGACUUCCUUGGCGAAAUGCUCAAAAACAACAUCCAGCUUGCCGGCGGCCUCGUCCAGCCCGUGGCCAACCGCUACUUCCGCAUCGGCCACAUGGGCGUCUCGGCCUUCAAGUACGGCCACAUCGACUACCUGCUUGAGGUCCUGCCCAAGGUCAUGGCUCAGCUGAACAAAUAA